GCGCACCUGUCGGUUCCGCUCCACCCUCGCGAGCCGGCCAAUCGCUGGUAGAGGGCGGGGCCGGAGUGGGCGAGUCGUGGGCGGGGCCGGGGCCCCAGAGCCCUUAGAGCUGGAGCCCGAGCCCGAGCCCGCUCGGCGCUCAGCAGCCGAGCCGGUGCGAGCGCAGCCUCGUGCCCGCCGCCGGUCCCCGCCGCCCGCAGCCGUGUCCCCGCCGCCGCCGCCCCCGGGGCAUGGCCUGUCUGAUGGCCACUUUCUCGGUUGGCACCGCCAUGAACGGCUCUUCAGGGAUGACAGAGCCCAAGUCAGUGUGCGUCUCGGUGGACGAGGUAGUCUUCGGCAACAGGGACACCAUGGAGAAGGAGCUGCUGAACGGACAUCUGAAGAAGGAGGACAACAAUCUCACAGAAGCCCAGCGCCUCUCCUCCCUGCCUCGGAGAGCGGCAGUGAACAUUGAGUUCAAGGACCUCUCCUACUCUGUCCCAGAAGGCCCCUGGUGGAGGAAGAAAGGAUACAAGACCCUUUUGAAGGGCAUUUCUGGAAAGUUCAACAGUGGAGAGCUGGUGGCCAUCAUGGGUCCUUCGGGGGCUGGAAAGUCCACACUCAUGAACAUCCUGGCUGGAUACAGGGAGACCGGCAUGAAGGGUGAGGUCCUCAUCAACGGGCUCCCUCGGGACCUGCGCUGCUUCCGGAAGGUGUCCUGUUACAUCAUGCAGGACGACCUGCUGCUGCCGCACCUGACCGUGCAAGAGGCCAUGAUGGUAUCUGCACACCUCAAACUCCAGGAGAAGGACGAAGGAAGAAGGGAGAUGGUCAAGGAGAUCCUGACGGCCCUGGGCCUGCUGUCUUGUGCCAACACGCGGACCGGCAGCCUCUCGGGUGGCCAGCGGAAGCGACUGGCCAUCGCGCUGGAGCUGGUGAACAACCCUCCAGUCAUGUUCUUCGAUGAGCCCACCAGUGGCCUGGACAGCGCCUCCUGCUUCCAGGUUGUCUCCCUGAUGAAGGGGUUGGCCCAGGGCGGCCGGUCCAUCAUCUGCACCAUCCACCAACCUAGUGCCAAGCUCUUUGAGCUGUUCGACCAGCUUUAUGUCCUCAGUCAAGGACAGUGUGUGUACCGAGGGAAAGUCUCAAACCUUGUACCAUAUUUGAGGGACUUAGGUCUGAAUUGCCCAACCUACCACAACCCGGCCGAUUUCGUCAUGGAAGUCGCGUCCGGCGAGUACGGCGACCAGAACGGCCGCCUGGUGAGAGCGGUCUGGGAGGGCAAGUGCGACUCUGACUGCAGGAGAGAGCCUGAGGGCGAUGCCGAGGUGAACCCUUUUAUUUGGCACCGGCCCUCUGAAGAGGUAAACCAGACAAAACGAUGGAAGGGGUGGAGAAAGGACUCCACUUCCAUGGAAGGCUGUCACAGCUUCUCUGCCAGCUGCCUCACCCAGUUCUGCAUCCUCUUCAAAAGGACUUUCCUCAGCAUCAUGAGGGACUCGGUCCUCACGCACCUGCGGAUCACGUCCCACAUCGGCAUUGGCCUCCUCAUUGGCCUGCUCUACCUGGGGAUUGGGAACGAAGCCAAGAAGGUCCUGAGCAACUCCGGCUUCCUCUUCUUCUCCAUGCUCUUCCUCAUGUUCGCGGCCCUCAUGCCCACCGUCCUCACAUUUCCUCUGGAGAUGAGCGUGUUUCUCCGAGAACACCUGAAUUACUGGUACAGCCUGAAGGCCUACUACCUGGCCAAGACCAUGGCGGACGUGCCCUUUCAGAUCAUGUUCCCCGUGGCCUACUGCAGUAUCGUGUACUGGAUGACGUCCCAGCCGUCUGACGCUGUGCGCUUCGUCCUGUUCGCGGCACUGGGCACCAUGACCUCACUGGUGGCACAGUCCCUGGGCCUGCUGAUCGGAGCUGCAUCCACGUCACUACAGGUGGCGACCUUCGUGGGACCCGUCACGGCCAUCCCCGUGCUCCUCUUCUCAGGGUUCUUCGUCAGCUUUGACACGAUCCCCACCUACCUGCAGUGGAUGUCCUACGUCUCUUAUGUCAGGUAUGGGUUUGAGGGGGUCAUCCUCUCCAUCUACGGCCUCGACCGGGAGGACCUGCACUGUAACACUAAUGAGACGUGCCACUUCCAGAAGUCAGAGGCUAUCCUGCGAGAAUUGGACGUGGAGAACGCCAAGCUCUACUUGGACUUCAUUGUCCUGGGGAUUUUCUUCAUCUCCCUUCGUCUCAUUGCCUACCUCGUGCUGAGAUACAAAAUCCGGGCCGAGAGGUAAAGUGUUGGAAAGCCAGAGAGAGGAACGUCGGACACCGUGGCCACGGGCCACUUCCAGAACCCUUGAGGGGCUCAAGGACACAGACACGCCUGUGGACCCUGAGGACUAUGUUGGGUUGUCAGCGGCCAACCAGUGCUGCACUUCGCUGCCCCACUGAGUUGGGUCUUCUCUCCAUUACCCUUUCUAGCUAUAACUAGGAAGAAGAUGUAGAAUGGUCUUUCUUUUUCACAUGCAGAAAUUUUUAAAAUACAACCCCUGAGGCAGAAUUUAAAACUGCCACAAAGUGGGUGACAAGAGGCUUCCUCAGCAGAAUUCUUCCUUCUGACCGGGGAGCUCUGGUUCUGCACGAGGAAUGUGGGCAGGUUCCCGGGGCCCCUGGGCAGUCAGAUGUCCAGGGGUGGAAAGGCGAAGCCAAGAGGGACUCCUUCCUGUGACUGGUAUUUUCGUAGUUUCAUCUUUCUACAGUUUGUCUCUUUUUCCAACGAGAAGUCGUUUUCCAAGUCAAAAGUUGAUCAAUUUCAUUCAUUUCCAGAAGCUGUACCUUUUUAGUACUUGGUGAAAAAAAUUAUUCAGGGUAAACGUACUUCGUGGAGAGACGUGAGGGGUUUGGCUUGAUCGCUGAGCUGGUCUCAUUUGCAGACAGAUCCUGGGAAAGACAUAGGUGCUGAUUGCAGGUUGGAGGAAAACUGUGGAACCAACCAUGUGCGCUAAGCCAGGCAGGAAUUUUUUAAAGUUGCACAGAAAGUUGUAAGGCAAAUUUGGCUAUCUCUUUCAAAAUCUUUUAUUUCCCCCGCGCUUCUGAUUUUCACUUAAGCAAAAUAUAUUGGGUUUUUUUUUCCCCCUAACUUUCUGAGCACCUUAAUUUUGCCUAAAAAUUCUAGAAGCUCAAUCCUGCUGAUUUUUUACAAACAUUUUCUCUUCCCUCACUUAUCACAUCAACUACCUCCACUGAACCUGGGGAUGCUGGGCUUAGAGAAAUUUAGGUGUGAAUGUGCAGGAUCUGCAGGCGUAGCCCAUGAAAGAUGUACUAACUGCACAGGAGGGAAGAUGCUGAGAUUUCCUGAGAAUCCAAGGCCUUUGUAAGAAACCGGCAAAAGCUGAGUGUGGCCAAGAUUCUGGAGCUCCGUCAAACUAUACCGAGAGCCAUGGGAGAUGCUGUGUCCCACAUCUGGUUUCCGUGGCAGCUCAGCGGCACCAUCAUCUUUUCAGUCUUUCCGGAUUGGAAAUGUCUUUCCAAUGACGCGAUCACAUAAGCAAAAUCCCUCUAGGGCAAGAGUCAUGGGCACUUCUGUAGGGUAAAUGGCCUUUGAAUUCCUGGCAGGAGCCUGUGUGCUUGUCGGAAUCAGUGUGGCCACAGGGUAGAAGGGGACUCAGGCCAAAGAAGGUUUCUGAAGGAAACAGAACUAUUUUCCCCUUCUAGAAUGCCGUGAACCUGGAAUCAGGGUCUCCGAGUGAAUCUGCUUUUUGUUGUAUGGAAGUUUGAUAAAACCCCUUACUGCAAUGGCCUGAGAUAACAUACGGGCUUCCCAAAGUGGCUCAGUAGUAAAUAAACUGCCUGCCAAGCAGGAGAUGAGGGUUCGAUCCCAGGGGCGGGAAGAUACCCUGG